AUGAAUUCGCAAAAGAUAACAAACCUGUGGGCGGUAUACGGUUAUUAUGGUGGCAGGAAGAGAGUAAACCUAGAUCACCGUGCAAGGCCAUGCAAUCCGAGGCUCUGCGGUCACAUCGGGUCCAUCUCGCUGGCGACGACGGAAAUCCCGGUCGAACGGAUGAUCGACGACGAUAAGCCGGGAAAACUACAAAGAGACGGGCACGGUUUUCUGCAGACUUAA